UUAAGAAUAGAACAUUAACUACAAGAUAAUGCCGAUACUCUUCAUCUGUAUUGUGACGUUUUUCUUAGCUCAAUUAUACGUAAACUAUAGUAUUACACAUUGUGACCUUAGUUCAUUAUAGUCGUAUAAAUAUAACAUGUGAUAACCUCCUUAAGCACAAAAUAUACAAACACAAACCUCAGAAACACAAAACCAUGUUGUCACCAAGCUCACACUUAGCAAUUUUAGUCCUCCUAUUAUCAGUUUAGUUAGCAGCUUCAGCUUCAUAUGAUGCAAACUUUGUCCAAUGUCUCAGCUUCUAUUCAGACAAAGCAGCUCCGUUUUAUGCCUUAAUUUACACCCCAAAAAAUGUUUCAUUUUCCAGCAUCCUUGAAUCCUCUGCACAGAACCUAAGGUAUUUGGUGCCUUCAGCGACAAAACCAGAGUUUAUAUUCACACCCUUGACUGAUUCACAUGUCCAAGUGGCAGUGACUUGCUCAAAGAAACUUGGUAUUCAUAUGAGAGUUCGUAGUGGUGGCAAUGACUAUGAAGGACUCUCGUAUGUUUCUGGAGUCGAGUCCCCUUUCAUGAUUCUUGAUCUGUCCAAGCUUCGCGCCAUUGAUGUUGAUAUAAAAGACAACAGUGCUUGGAUCCAAGCUGGUGCCACUAUUGGCGAAGUAUAUUACAGAAUAUAUGAGAAAAGUUCAGUUCAUGGUUUCCAUGCAGGCCUUUGCACAAGCCUAGGUGUUGGAGGGCACAUCACAGGAGGUGCAUAUGGAUCCAUGAUGAGAAAGUAUGGUCUUGGAGCCGAUAAUGUUCUUGAUGCAAAACUGGUUGAUGCAAAUGGCCAAAUCCUUGAUAGGGAAGCCAUGGGGGAGGACCUAUUUUGGGCAAUUAGAGGAGGUGGAGGAGCAAGCUUUGGCAUCCUUCUCUGGUGGAAGAUAAAACUGGUUACUGUGCCAGAAACUGUGACAGUUUUUACAGUUACAAGGAGCCUAGAGCAAGAUGCAACAAAGAUUCUUCAUAGAUGGCAGGAAGUGGCACCCUCUAUUGACGAGGAUCUCUUCAUCAGAGUCAUCAUUCAACCAGCCACUGUUGCAAACAAAACUGAGAGAACCAUCACAACAUCUUACAAUGCUCAAUUCCUUGGAGGGGCUGACAGACUCCUCCAAGUGAUGAAGGAAAACUUCCCUGAAUUGGGUUUGACAAAAAAAGAUUUACUUGAAACUAGUUGGAUCAAGUCUGUGCUCUAUAUUGCUGGUUAUCCAAAUGACACUCCUCCUGAAGUUCUGCUUCAAGGAAAGUCAACAUUCAAGAACUACUUCAAAGCCAAGUCAGAUUUUGUGAGAGAACCGAUACCAGAAACUGGACUUGAGGGACUCUGGCAAAGAUUGCUAGAAGAAGACAGUCCCUUGAUGAUUUGGAACCCAUAUGGUGGAAUGAUGAGCAAAUUUUCAGAGUCUGAUAUUCCCUUUCCUCACAGGAAUGGAACACUUUACAAAAUUCAGUACUUAUCUCUUUGGCAAGAUGGGGAUAAGAAUGCCACAAAGCAUAUAGACUGGAUUAGGAAGCUUUACAACUACAUGACUCCUUAUGUGUCUAAGUUCCCAAGGGAGGCAUACGUGAACUACAGAGAUCUUGAUUUGGGAAUGAACAAGAACAGCACAAGUUACAUACAGGCAACUUCUUGGGGCAAUAUGUAUUUCAAGGAUAAUUUCAACAGGUUGGUGAAAAUAAAGACCAAAGUGGAUCCUGAUAAUGUGUUCAGGCAUGAGCAGAGCAUCCCACCACUUCCAGUUUCAGGUAUGAAGCUACAAGACAAGAAAAACAAGACCUGGGAAUAAGGCACUGUCUUGAUGGAGUCAUUAGACUGGUUUCUAUAAAUUUGUUGUCGGUUUGAUUAGCAAAUUUAGAUGAAUAAAGGAUAUAAUUGGAUUUUGUUGUGUUUUUUGGUCAUUUUAGUGUUACAAAACACUGUUGAAGUGCUUAAUCAUUUCUAUCUAUGUGGUUGUGCGUGUGACAAUGUUGCAAGUAACAAGUGUUGUAU